AUGGAGAUAAGACUCAGAAACAUCCGAGUGGGUUGUGUUCUGCAGAUGCGAGUGAGCGACAAGGGUUCUUUGGCUCAAACACACGAUCUUGAAUCUCAGGCCGAGGAGGCCAAGAAGUCGACCAUCCAGUCAAAAAUUGAAGAUGUCCCAAAAAGGAUUGGUUUCCAGCUUUGCAUGCAUUUUAAUGACGACGAGUUGCAGUCAAUGGAGGCUGUGAAGAUGGUCAUAACCGAGCAGCCUAUUAGCGUCCAGAAUCGACAUGUUGGUCCUGGACGCGAACGUUCCCCUCUGCAGAUCCGCUUAUCUAUCCAUCCAUGCAUGUGA